AUGUUCUUCACGGUUCUGAUCAGGAGUGACUAUUACAUCCCACAAGAUGUUGAGCAACAGAUGAUUGAUGUUUUGUGGUGUUUCUACGAAAACAUAUAUUCACCCCACAGUACUUCAUCAUUCACGACCCACCCCGCCCCACCACCCCGACCCACCCCGCUCCACCACCCCGACCCACCCCGCUUCACAACCCCCGACUCACCCCGCUCCACCACGCCGACCCACCCCACUACCCCGACCCACCCCGCUCCACCACCCCGACCCACCCCACCACCCCGACCCACCCCGCUCCACCACCCCGACCCACCCCACCACCCCGACCCACCCCACCACCCCGACCCACCCCGCUCCACCACCCCGACCCACCCCACCACCCCGACCCACCCCGCUCCACCACCCCGCUCCACCACCCCGACCCACCCCACCACCCCAACCCACCCCGCUCCACCACCCCGACCCACCCCGCUCCACCACCCCAACCCACCCCGCUCCACCACCCCGACCCACCCCACCACCCCAACCCACCCCGCUCCACCACCCCGACCCACCCCACCACCCCGACCCACCCCGCUCCACCACCCCGACCCACCCCACCACCCCGACCCACCCCGCUCCACCACCCCGCUCCACCACCCCGACCCACCCCACCACCCCGACCCACCCCACCACCCCGACCCACCCCGCUCCACCACCCCGACCCACCCCACCACCCCGACCCACCCCGCUCCACCACCCCGACCCACCCCACCACCCCGACCCACCCCGCUCCACCACCCCGCUCCACCACCCCGACCCACCCCACCACCCCGACCCACCCCACCACCCCAACCCACCCCGCUCCACCACCCCGACCCACCCCACCACCCCGACCCACCCCACCACCCCAACCCACCCCGCUCCACCACCCCAACCUACUUUUCCUAG